GCUGCGGCGCGGCCGGCGACCGGAGCGCUCCCCAGAUCACCGAGAUCCGCGCCAGAUCCAGCCGCUAUCUCGGCGAGAUCCGCGCCGAAUCGAGGAGAGAUCGAGGCGAGGUGGAGACCGGGCCGGAGGUGGGACGGGAUUCGUGUCGCCGCCGAGUAUCGGCAGGUGCUCCGAGAGGUGCGGCACAGUCGCGGCCGAGUCGUCUGCAGACUUCACCUAAGUGCAUCCGUGAUCGUGUCGAGAUCCGAGAUCCAGCCGCCGAGACCUGCCCAGAUCCAGUUGAUAACGCCACAGAUUUGCCCAGAUCCAGGCGACGUCCGGAAGAUAUGUAAACAAGAGGCUUAGCUGAAGAUCUCCUUGAAUCUCGUUAAUCCAAAGAGGGCACAUGAAAGAUCGUCCCGAGGCGGUAAUUAUUCCAUACAGUUCCGGAUACAUCUGCUAGACUGAGUGUGAAUGCACGGAACGCGCCAAACGCCGACACUUGAGGCGACUGCGGAGUAGGGGACACGAGCGCUCGUCUAUCGGAUACGGUCGCUCGCUGACUGGCCACUGGCCGAGGACAGAGUGACCGCCGGUCGUGAACGGAGUGCGCGCUGCUUAGAGGAGAGCUACCGUCGGUUGUGGACUGUGUGGCAGCGCUGACCGCGGACUGAGAGACCGUGCCGACUGCGGACUGAGAGACCGCGCGGACUGCGGACAGUGUGACCGCACCGGCGCCGCCCGCGCUGACCCGGCCGCCGGUUUUUGGUCGUCUCGGCGUGUUUUACCGGCACGCGGCGCCGACCGGGCGUGUAACGCGCCACGACAGCCGCCGUCGCGUCACUAAUGCACCGGCCGAUAUAAUCUGCGGCGAGCAGCGUGCCCGACUCCGGUCCAUGGUGGCCGUGCGCCGUCCGUCCGACCAGGACCACUGACACACGGGCCGCCAGCGCUGAGCUGAACUCACCGUCAGAGGAGAGACGGCAGAGACCGGAGACGGCAGCGACGGAGACGGAGGGAGGCCUGCCCCGCUGUGACGAGCCGGGAUCGACGUCACGUGCGAUGGCGUUUCCGCCGUUCGGUUCGGCGGCGCACGGCGUGGUCAACGGCGCGGCGGCCGGCAUGCUGCCCGGCUACGCCGUCAGCCGGCCCUCCUACCCGGUCAUGAUGUCCGAGGCGUUCCCGCCGGGCGUGCCCUACGGCGCCGUGUGUCACCUCUCGGCAGGCGCCGGCGGUAACGGCCGGAAGCAGCGCCGCGAGCGGACCACCUUCACGCGCCAGCAGCUGGACAUUCUGGAGGCGCUCUUCCAGAAAACGCGCUACCCGGACAUCUUCAUGAGGGAGGAGGUGGCCAUCAAAAUCAACCUGCCAGAGUCGCGCGUCCAGGUGUGGUUCAAGAAUCGCCGAGCCAAGAUUCGCCAGCAGGCCAAACAGACGACCAGCAACGGCGCCGGCGGCGGCGGCGGCGGCUCGGGCCCCGACGUCAAGCCCAAGGCCAAGCCGCGCACGCGCACGCCGCCCACCGCGUCGACUCCGACGCACGCGGCGGCGGUGACGCCGGUGACGACGGGCACGCCGUCGCCGCCGGUGGUGGGUCCGCGCGACUCGCCCUACUCGCCGCCGGUCUCGUGCUCGGCGCCGCCGGCCAUCAGCUCGGCGUCCGCCGUGCCGCACCAGAGUUACGGCGGCGGCUACAACAGCAUCUGGAACCCGGCGGCGUCGCUGGCGCCCAUGGGUGACCUGACCGGUCAGGCGGGCAUGGAGCGCUCCUACCAGCCCAGCCAGCCGGCGGCCAACGCCUACUCGCAGUACGGCGCCUACUACGGCAACAUGGAGUACCACCUCAACUCGCACGGCCAGAUCAACCCGCAGGUGAGCAGCCACCUGAACACCAUGAGCCAAUCGCAGCAGGGCGCCGGACCGGCGGCGCGACAUGGCCUCGGCUCCGAGUUCGACUACCGCUACCAGAACUUUCAGGUGUUGUAGGGGCCUGGCGCACCGGUCCGCUGCCGGGCGGAGCUGGAGGGAGGCAGCGCGCGCCACCGCGCCGCCCCGGCCGACACGGACCUGCCCCAACGCCAGGAGAGCCACCGGCCUCCCAGCGCGUCAGCUGCUGAGGCGCGGCCAUAGUGCCGAGCGGCCUGCCGAGAGCGGUGCCAGCGGACGGCCGCCACUGGCCGCCGCCAGCUCCACGUUGUGUUUCUACGUGCGCGAGUUAGCGGCCGCGCGCGCCGCGACGGCGCCGCACCGUCAGCGUUUCCUGUGAUAGAGAGGACACCAGCUUACCUAGACUGUGCUUAGAUGAGCGUAGCGCGCAGUCGUCACCAAAGACGCGAGGUCGGGGGGCGCGGACGGCCCGCCGGGGCCCGCCUCCCGUCGGCCACAGCCGGCCCUUGGUGUUCGUCAGCCCCAGAGGCGCGGCGCGCGAGCGGCCGAUGCGUUUGAUCUUCAUAGAUGUGACACGAGUGUGUAUGUGUGUGUGCGCGCGACUGACCUGGUGUGACGCGGGUCGCCGGGGUCGCCGGGCGGGCCGCCAGCUGCAGCGGGGCCCGCGGGGUCGGACGGUCAAGCCGAGCCAUGGGCGUGUGUGUGUGCUGGGGUGUGUAUAUAGCAGUGCGUCGGUCGGGGGCGCCAACGACGCCCGGUCAGCCCCGGCGGAGACGCUUGUUGUGGCGCCGAGCGAUUGUAGGAAACUGUUGAAUAAGUACAAUUUGGGGACAGCAGUGCACGUAUGUGAAACGAAUAAAAACAGAAUGUAA